AUGAAGAGUACUCAGGAAGACGACCCCUUCUACGGUAGUGAUGACGAACUUCCAUCAUUGGAUGCGCUCCUAACGCGUGUUCCCGGCCGCAUACAACAGCAGCUCUCGCAACCAAAGCCUAUUUCGAAGCCCAUCCCGAAAAAUGUCAUCUUUAUUGAGUUGGAAGAUGAUGAGAGUAGCGUGGAGGAUCAGACUACCGACAAAGAAAAUUUUAUCUACGACCUGAGCGAUGCAGAACCCGAGAAGGCCAUGCCGGCCUUGGUAAAGGGAGAAGUACGGAAGAGAUGGCAGUCGUCGUCGGAGAGGUUUGGUGAUGAUGAUGUAGGGGGGACAGAGAGAAGGCCCUCUCGGCCUCUAGGCCAAUCUACAAGCACCCAGAAAUCCAAACUGCACGAGGUCGAUAUUCGAUCGCGCAUGACUCCUAAAACCAAGAACAAUAUACCCUCGAAAAUCGAGUCGCAGGCGUCACUAAAGCAGCCUCAAGGCCCUUCGGAAACAAGCAAUGGUGUCCCCAAAAACACAAUCUCGAAUGCCAGUGGCUCAGCAUCGAGAUUGCCUCAGUCACAGGCUAGCACAUCCGAACGAUCUCGUUACAAUGGCCAAGAGGGACCAUUAACACAAUAUCCCGGUAGCGUAUCACCAAGCCGGAGUCGAAUCACAAAAUCGAGUCGUCAGUCGCAGCUUCCUAAGCACCAAGAGGGCAAAGAUAUAGUCUGGCCAUUGUCAGAGCUUCUACUUGAUAUCCAGGAUGGGCUGGGUGCUAAUACUCUGCGUUUCCCCAUCAUGCCCCCCAAAGAGAGCAAGCAAAAGAAGCUGGUCUCUUCCCGUAGAGAAAUUCAUGCUAAAGAAGCAUCUCAGGAGCCAGCUAUUGAUACUGGUCGACUCCAGGACUCUGAUAAUGAAUGGGAUGAACCAGAAAUGGAUCACAAAACCAAGUCUUCUACUCGAUCAACAGUUCCAAAAUCGCCAUCAAAAAGACAGACGAAGAAGUCGUUUGACGCCAAAAAAUCUCAGCUGGCAAUAGACUUCCUCCAGCAGCUCGAUACUCAAAUCACACACGGCAAGGUUGGAGAAUUGACUCAGUCCACCGGGGGAGUCAAGAUUGUGUGGAGCAAUACUCUCAAGACAACCGCCGGUCGAGCAAACUGGAAGCGAGAAACUAUCAUCUCCAAACAUACAGGUGACAGUGCCAAGGCGGACGUGAAGCAAUAUCGACAUCAUUCUUCCAUUGAGCUUUCCGAAAAGGUCAUUGACGAUGAGCUGCGCUUAUUGAAUGUCAUAGCACAUGAAUUCUGCCACUUGGCAAACUUCAUGAUCAAUGGUAUUACGGACAAUCCUCAUGGGAAAGAAUUCAAAGUAUGGGCAGCGAAGUGCACCCAAUUGUUUGGUUCACAAGGCAUCAAAGUCACCACGAAACAUUCGUACGAGAUCGACUUCAAAUACGUGUGGACCUGCACAGCAUGUGGCUGCGAGUAUAAACGUCACUCUAAAAGCAUUGAUCCCAAGAGGCAUCGAUGCGGCGCUUGUAAGGCUUCACUUGAGCAGACGAAACCAACACCACGCCAGACGCCAACGGGUCAAUUAAGCGAGUACCAAUUGUUUGUCAAAGAACAAAUGAAGGUUGUUAAACACGAGAAUCCGAAUAGCCCGCAGAAAGAAAUUAUGGGGAUAAUCGCAGAGAGAUGGACCAAGGUGAAGAGCAAAGAUGUAUAG